AUGAUAUGUUUAGCUCCUCAUAAGUGUUCAUGCUUAAGGAAACUUUGUGUUGAAUGCCUUUAUGAACAUGAAGUAGAUAUCAAAAAACAUACAAUACCAAUUACUAAUUUCUAAGAAAGGAUUCUAAAAAAAUUAAAAGAAUCCAAGCUUGAGGAGACAUCGGAGUUAAACAAUUAGAGGAUGGCUUUUAAAUAGUUACUCUCUCAAAGUGAAUAAAUGUUGAAGAAAAUUUUGGAGGAAUUGUCACAAUUAAUCAACUAAAUAUAUGAUUGGAUUGAACAGGAAAACUAAUCAUACUUAAACUUUAUCAACAAAAAUAGUGAUCUAGCUUAAACUUCCUCCACUGACUUAGAAAAAUUAGUAAACAUUGUCGAAGGAACAACUUUAAAUGAUUUUAAUGCUUACAAGAGUUCGUAUAUGAAGGAGUUAGAUUAGACCAAGAAUUGGUGGGACCAGCUUAUUAACACAUUUAUUGAAAAGUCUAUCCAAGGAAUCCAAAAGAUAGAAUCAUUAAUUAAGUAAGUAUUAUAUAUCUUAUCUCUAGGGAAGAUGAAGAAGAAGUUUAUUAAAUGAAGGAAGAUCUUUAUGAGAUGCUAACCUACAUCCAGGAUAUUGAUGAAACUAUCUAUAAAAAGGUUUUUGAAAUUUUUAAUAGAGAGAAAGUUUCAGACAUUUUAGGAUUCCUUUCGUAGACAAAAGAUCAGAAGUUUUAUGAAUAUUUAGUCAACAAGUAGGAGAAUAUAAAGGAUAUCAAAUAGUAAGUAAAGAAAAUCACAAAUGUCUUGAGGAAUAUUUAAAAUCAUUAAUUUAGUAAGGACAACUACUCCUCAGAGACUUAUGAAAAGGCAAGAUAAAAUUUAAUAAAGAUGAUGAAGAAUAAUAAAGGAGUCAUAGAUUUCAUCAUGUUUUUAGUUCACCUCACAAGCAUAGAAGGUAAAUUUAUUCAAUGUGGAUCGAAUGCAUUAAAUUUAUUAGUAGGUAUGAAGGUAGAUAUUAAGAACCAAUCAUUUUAGAAUAUCAGAAUCAAGAAUACAUCUUUAAUUGGAGCUAAUUUGGUUAGAUGCAACUUGAGUGGAUCUGAGUUUGAUAAUGUAGAUAUUAGUGGAUUAAAUUUGAAUGGCACUUAAAUGUUUAAUUGUAAAUGGAAGGAUUUAAAAAUACAUGAAUUGAAUAAAUUAGAUGGUCAAAGUAGUUGCAUAAGAUCAGUUUGUAUUUCACCUGAUGGAAAUACUUUAUCAUCAGGUAGUGAAGAUAAGUCCAUUUGUCUUUGGGAUGUUAAAACAGGACAUUAAAAAGCCAAAUUUGAUGGUCAUGAGCAUUGGGUAAUGUCAGUCUGUUUCUCUCCUAAUGGAAAUAUAUUAGCAUCUGGUAGUAAUGAUAGGUCUAUCCGGCUAUGGAAUGUCAAAACAGGAUAAUAAAAAGCCAAAUUCGAUGGUCAUACUAGUGCAAUCAUGUCAGUAUGUUUCUCUCCUGAUGGAUAAACAUUAGCAUCUGGUAGUAAUGAUAAGUCUAUCCGUCUAUGGGAUGUCUAAACAUAAUAAUAAAAAGCCAAAUUAGAUGGUCAUAGUAAUUGUAUCAACUCAGUAUGUUUUUCUCCUGAUGGGAAUACAUUAGCUUCUGGUAGUUAUGAUAACUCUAUCCGUCUAUGGGAUGUCAAAACAGGAUAAUAAAAAGUAAAAUUGGAUAGCCAUACUCAUUAUGUCUACUCAGUCUGUUUUUCUUCUGAUGGAAAUAUAUUAUUAUCUGGCAGUAAUGAUAACUCAAUCCGUCUAUGGGAUGUCAAAGCAGGAAUAUAAACAGCCAAAUUGGAUGGUCAUAGCGAUUAUGUUAAAUCAGUCUGUUUUUCUCCUGAUGGAAAUACAUUAGCUUCUGGUAGCGAUGAUAAGUCUAUCCGUCUAUGGAAUGUCAAAACAGGAUAAUAAAAAGCCAAAUUGGAUGGUUAUAGUGGAUAUGUAUAUUCAGUCAAUUUUUCUCCUAUUGAAAAUACAUUAGCUUCUGGUAGUUAUGAUGACUCUAUACGACUUUGGGAUGUAAAUAUAGGAGAAUAAUAAGUUAAAUUUGAUGGUCAUUUUAAUGAAAUUUUAUCAGUAUGUUUCUCUCCUGAUGGAAAUACGUUAGCCUCUUGUAGUUAGGAUGAUACUAUCUGUUUUUUCGAUGUAAAGACAGGAUAAGAAAUUAAAUCUUUCGAUAAAAAUUAUUAAAUUAUUCUCACUUAAUUUAAAGCACUUUUUUAAAGUAACUCCCUACCAAGUAUUUAUUUUAUAUUUCUUAGUAUCCACCAAUAUUACAACUCUACGAAUAUCUAAAACACCAUUAUUUUAAGCAUAAGGAGCUUUAAUCUUGAAAGGUCAUUUUGUAAAUUAUGAAGGAUACGAUUUAAGAGAAUUAUUAAAAUCAGAAGGAAGUUGCAUUUAGAAGACUUAUAGAAAAAGUGAUUUUGAUCAUUAUCAAACAACAAUUAUAAUUACAAUCAAUAUCUAAUAUUUUUUUUUAAUUCUGUUUUUAUUACUUUCACUCUUAAUCUUCACUUCUAAAGCUAGGUAAGUUCUUAUUUUUCAAAGCUUUUUUCCAUUUUAGUUAAUGCCUCUUCAUUUAUUUUUAUACUAUGAAAAUAUAAGAUCAAUUUAGUGUAAGGAUUAUUUAUCUAAGCAUCAUAAAAAAUGUUAUCUAAAUUUGCUUGAUAGAGACUUAAAUUUAAAUGAUACUACUUUAAAUUAAAUAAUCUAAGCAGAGAACAAUAAGCACAAUGAAAAGAUUAAAAUAAAGAUCGAUAUCAUUACUUAAUUAACACAACAUUUUUUGUAAAACAUCUAGGAAUAAUAUGAUAGAUUUUCAUUUAUUAUUAUUUAGAAUAGGGAUUGA